AUGACAUAUUCGUUGCCUUUAUUGAAUGGUACCGAGUCGUACGAUUUGGUUACCAACAAGCAAUUAUACGACGAGACAGUUGAGUUUUAUCAAAAGUAUUUGCAGUUAGCUUUCAACAGCAAGACAGACACCCUGAGUAACGGGUUUAUCAGCGUGAAAAUCAAGGUCGAUGACAGUUUCAAGCCACUGAACGUUGCUGACGACAAGGAUUGGAGGGCUGUUGUGUCAUCUUCGUUGGUGUUUUCAUGCACCAACAUUCAAGCUUUCAAGGACUUGGUUUCUGACAAAGUCACCCAGUCCUAUCCUAACGAGACCAGUCCAUUAGAAGUGUACUUGAAGGACCCUAGUGGAUACAUUAUCGGUAUCACACAGACCAAGAAUGCGAUUUCUGUGAAGCCCACUUUGCCAGCUAAACCAGUGGGCUCGGCAAUGAUUUCCUCGAGAUCGUCUAAAAUCGACAUUGCAUCGACCAACGUCGCUACCGACUCAUCGUACCCAGCCAUUCCAAAGGCCGUCAAGACCCAAAAGGCUAUUGCCGUCAUGACUUCCGGUGGUGAUGCUCCAGGUAUGAAUGCCAACGUCAGAGCCAUUGUGCGUACCGCCAUUUUCAAGGGCUGCAAGGCCUUCGUGGUCAUGGAAGGUUACUCCGGUCUAGUCAGAGGUGGUCCAGAGUACAUUAAAGAGGUGUACUGGGAAAGCGUCCGUAACUGGUCAUGCGAAGGUGGUACCAACAUUGGUACCGCUCGUUGUAUGGAAUUCAGAGAAAGAGCAGGUAGACUAUUAGGUGCCCAACAUUUGAUCGAGGCUGGUGUCGAUGCUUUGAUCGUAUGUGGUGGUGACGGUUCUUUGACCGGUGCUGACUUGUUCAGAGCUGAAUGGCCAUCAUUGAUCAAGGAGUUGUUGGAAACAAAUAGAAUCUCCAAGGAACAAUUCCAAAGAUACCAACAUUUGAACAUUUGUGGUACCGUUGGUUCCAUUGAUAACGAUAUGUCCACCACAGAUGCCACUAUCGGUGCUUACUCUGCUCUAGACCGUAUCUGUCAAGCAGUUGAUUAUAUCGAGGCCACUGCCAACUCUCACUCCAGAGCUUUCGUCGUGGAAGUCAUGGGUAGAAACUGUGGUUGGUUGGCAUUGAUGGCUGGUAUUGCAACUUCUGCCGAUUAUAUCUUGAUCCCAGAAAAGCCUGCCUCAUCUAGAGAAUGGCACGACCAAAUGUGCGACAUCGUCUCUAAGCACAGAGCUAGAGGUAAGAGAACUACCAUCGUUAUUGUCGCAGAAGGUGCCAUCGCCGCUGAUUUGACCCCAAUCUCUGCAAAGGAUGUCCACAAGGUCCUUGUCGACCAACUAGGCUUGGAUACCAGAAUCACUACUUUGGGUCAUGUUCAAAGAGGUGGUACUGCCGUCGCCUAUGACCGUAUCCUUGCUACUUUGCAAGGUGUGGAGGCUGUUAAUGCUGUUUUGGAGUCUACCCCAGAAACUCCUUCUCCAUUGAUUGCCAUUAACGAAAACAAGAUCACCCGUAAGUCUUUGGUUGAAUCUGUUGCUUUGACCAAGUCUGUCGCAGAUGCCAUUCACUCUAAGGACUUCAAAAAGGCCAUGGCUCUAAGAGAUUCCGAAUUUGUGGAACACUUGAACAACUUUAUGGCUAUCAAUAGUGCUGACCACAUUGGUCCUAAGUUGGCUGAGAAGAACCACUUGAAGAUUGCUAUUGUUAAUGUCGGUGCCCCAGCCGGUGGUAUGAACUCUGCUUCAUACUCCAUGGCCACUUACUGUAUGUCACAAGGUCAUAAGCCAUAUGCUAUCUACAAUGGUUGGACUGGUUUGACAAGACACGAAUCCGUUAGAUCUAUGAACUGGAAGGAUUUGAUCGGAUGGCAAUCUCGUGGUGGUUCAGAAAUUGGUACCAACAGAACCACCCCAGAAGAAGCGGAUAUUGGUUUGAUUGCUUACUACUUCCAGAAAUACGGAUUUGAUGGUUUAGUUAUCGUUGGUGGUUUCGAAGCCUUCGUUUCCCUACAUCAAUUGGAAAGAGCAAGAGAAAACUACACUGCAUUCAGAAUCCCAAUGGUUUUGAUCCCUGCCACUCUAUCUAACAACGUUCCAGGUACAGAAUACUCUCUAGGUUCCGAUACUGCAUUGAACUCCUUGAUGCAAUACUGUGAUGUUGUUAAGCAAUCUGCUGCAUCCACUCGUGGUAGAGUAUUUGUCGUCGACACACAAGGUGGUAACUCCGGUUACUUGGCUACACAUGCUGCUCUUGCUGUUGGUGCUCAAGUAUCUUACGUACCGGAAGAAGGUAUCAGCCUCGACCAGUUAACCCAAGAUAUCGAGAACUUGAAGGAAUCCUUCAGCAAGGCUGAAGGUAGAGGCAAGUUUGGUCAAUUGAUCUUGAAAUCUACAAAUGCUUCCAAGGUACUAACACCAGAAGUAUUAGCAGAAGUUAUCACCCAGGAGGCCGAGGGCCACUUUGAUGCUAAGUGUGCCAUCCCAGGUCAUGUCCAACAAGGUGGAUUACCUUCUCCAAUUGAUAGAACAAGAGGUACUAGAUUCGCAAUCAGAGCUGUAUCCUUCAUUGAAUCUCAACAGGAUGUUUUGAAGGAAGCAAGAACUUUAGAUGAUGAAGACUUCGCCUUUGAUGAUGAUAAAAUCGUUUCAACUGCAUCUGUCCUUGGUGUCAAGGGCUCAGACAUUGUAUUCACCUCCAUUAGACAACUGUAUGAUUACGAAACACAUUUAAAAAGAAGAACCCCAAAGAAAAUCCACUGGGCAGCCACCAGAGCCAUCGCUGACCACUUGGUUGGUAGAAAGAAGCUUUAA